AUGGAGAAGGUCUCUGCAGCUUGGGCCAUUGAUUGGAGCAUCAAGCUCGAGAAAUCUCUUCGUUCUAAAAACCCAGUUAGAGCCGUUGAAACCAUCUUGGAGACUGGUGAGAAGCUUGAAAAAUGGAGCAAAGAACCAGAACCUUCAAUUGCAGUUUACAAUUUAUUCAAUCUGAUUCCUGAAGAAGAUAGGCUCUUUUCCAAUACAAUCCUAUUGAGGCUAGUUGAUGCGUUUUGUUUUGGGGAUAAGCUCGUUAAGCUUGCAGUUGUUCGGGUUUUUAUGUCUAUGUUCAAGCUAAGCAGAGGGAAGAACAAGAGUGAAUCCGCAACUUGGAUUUUGUCAAAGGCUAAGGUCCAUAACCACUUGGAGAUUCUUAAACGAGUCAAGAAUGUUUAUGAUAAAGGUGAUGCCGAGGCAAAAGCUCUGGCUUUGAUUCUGUUUGGCUGUUGGAGAGACUUCGCUAGCGAGUUUGCUCCAGUACGGUACUUGAUUUUCACCAGUAUGGUUUCUUCACAUGAUCUGGAGGUGAGAUCAUCUCUGUUUGCUGCAGCUUGUUUUUGUGAGGUAGCAGAUGACUUUGCAUUGGUUGUUAUGGGGAUGUUAAGUGACAUGGUGAAGUUCCCGGAACUAAUGCCAAAGACCAGGUUAGCUGCUGUGCGAGUUUUUGCAAAAAUGGGAUGCUCGCAUGCAAUUGCUAAUAGAGCAUUCAAGAUCUGUAUGAAGCUAAUGCUGGAGUCCUCAGACGAGGAUAAUUUGGUGCCAUUCCUGGUUUCCAUGACAAAGCUUGCUUCAAGUUCUACUCACCUUACUUCUGAACUGGCAGAGAUUAUCAUCCCAUUUUUGGGUGAAGAUAAGACCUCUCAUGUUCGAGCUGCGGUACUAAGAUCUCUCCACUUUCUCAUUAGAAGAGGAAUGUGCUUCUCUCUUGUCCAUGAAAGCGAAACUGCAAAAUUUGCCAGCUUACUAAACCAAGCAGAGCUCUCACUAGAUAUGCAACUUAAAGCUCUUCAAAUUUUUCAAAAGAUACUCAUCUACAAACUAGUUGUGGCUGAUGCAUCUGAAUUUCAUCAGCUCAUAGCUAUUGUUGAGAAUGCAUCUCAUAUUCAGAUCUUCUCAAGCAGUUGUUUAGCUAUCAGUAUUUUGGUGGAUAUAUGGAAACAAAUAGUCCGGACAGCAGAAAUAAGAUCAAUUCAGUUUUCUUCUACAUCUCUGCCGCUGCAUCUCGUUGUAUUAGUCAUGGAAAGGGUCACCUUGUUGGGAAAACUAUGCGCAGAUCCGUUUCAGGUUGACUAUGAGCUAGUUGGUGCGGUUCAAGAACUCUUCAAUCUUCUCCUACAAUUAGUUGGAAAUCAUUCUGAAAUGAGGUUGAUAGUUCUUGACAAAGUCAAGUUAUUCGUAGAGUAUAUUGUGAACUUAACUGAUGGCUUAAGAAAAACAGAUGGAGCUCAUGAACUGCUGCUUGGUGUUAUCAGUUAUAAAGGCAAAAGAGGGUCGGUGGUCGUGAGGUCAGAGCUUAUAGCAUCGAUACACAAGUUCCUGAUAGUGCUCUUGGAGAAUCUGGACGGUGAUGGUCCUGUGUUAUCUCAAGUUUAUGAAAAAGUUAAGCUUCUAACUGAGAGCGUACGUUCAUGCAGCUUCUUCGAUUGCCACACGAAAAUGAUAUUCACUCUGCUAUUACAUUCUCCAAUUCUUUGGGGAUCCCCUGUGAAUGGAAAUUCAUGCGCUUCACAUGUUGCUGAUAUAGUGAACUACGGAAUUGUUUCUCUUGAAUGUUCGAAUCAGAUUUUAACUGAGAGAAACUACUGGCCUGCGUACAGAGCUGGGGUUUACGCAGCGCGUUUGGGUGCAUGGGUCACAUCUGCUUUGAUAUUUGAUCAGCUUAAGACCAAUGUCAAGUCUGAUAUCAACUGUUGUUGGUUAAAGUCAUUAACCUAUUUAUCUCAUGCUGAAGGGAAAUUCCAACUGCUUCUCAUGCCAAGUGAUAGUAUCAAGUUAGUUAACUGGUUGAGAAGUAAGAGUUGUUUACCAGAACUCUCCAAAGAUGCAUCAGGAGAGUUUGCCCAUUGUGAAGCUCUUCAUGAAGCACAUAUGAAUUUACAAUCGUCUCUGGGAAUGUUGGGGAAUAUUAAAGCAUCGAGUGAAGUUUUCUGUUUCCAAAGGUGGUUCUUGGUUCUAAAGACUCGGGUACUGGAAACUGUGAUUGAUCUUGUUGAACACCUCGGGCUGCUUAACCAAGACAACAAGAAGCAAGUAGAGGAAAAGUUCUUGACUGGUUGCAAUUCUCUGCAACAGCUUCCUCGAAUUGCUGUUCAGCUACAAAAGCUGGCGAAGGAAUUUGAUAUGUUAGCGACGUGUUUUAUUGACAUAGACGAUAGCAGCUGUUCCAUUAUCGCAACUCUUUCACUAAGCUGUUCAGUUCUUGCUUUUGCUUCUGGAAGUGUUCUUUUCCUUCCAGGUUUUUCUUUUCAAGAAACUUUGGCUCCUUUCAGUUCACAAAGUGGUGUACGCUCGAGGCUUGUACAAGACUUAGUUCAACGGCUGUGGAAAAUAGACCCUGAAAUCUGUGAAAAGCUUAACAUACUCGUGAAGGAAAACGAAUCAUUGAACUGUUUCCACCUGCAACCUAGGAAUCAGGUGUUGAGAGUCUGUGACAAGGUGAAGGUGUUACUCUCUAUUUGCAGUGAUGCUCUUUCAUGCAUUUAUGGAUUGCAGAAGCAGACAAAUUCAACGCCCAAAGAGGACAUUAUGUCUCUGAUUACCAAAAGUUGCAGGAAUCUACUGUCACAAGGAAUUAUGAGAUGGAUGCAGAUUCCUUUUGGCAUUCCAAAGUAUUUCUUCAACAUAAGGCCUUGUGUUGGUGUUGAGCUAUUUGCUCUUAGUUCAGACAACAGCAAGAGUACUCCUGAUACAAUUUCAGUGGAACAUGGGUUUCAACUGUCACUUGAUCUUUGUCUUCAGUUGAAAAACAUACAACAACCGAGAGCCCCUGUUCGACUAACCAAACUGUACUGUCUUCUCUAUUCAAAACUAGCUUAUCUUACCUCAACUCAACAGGGUGAAACCAACAGAAACCAAAAGUGUUGUUAUUCCCCUUGGAGAGAUGAAGAUCUGGUAGAAAUGAGUAACAAGCUGUUUCAUCAUGCUGUAACGUCUGGUAAGAAGCCGGGAGUUUCAGGUCGAUUUGAAUGGAACAACAGUGGUGGUGUUUCUGCGAUUGUGGAGUUCGAACCAAAUGAGAGAGGACAAGGGUUUUCGAGCUGCUUGCUAGACGUUUCGCGUUUCCCGGUUGGUUCAUAUCAGAUAAAAUGGCUAAGCUGUUGCAUUGAUCAACAUGGUUCUUACUGGAAUCUUCUACCUCUUAAUGGCAAACCUGUGUUCACCGUCAAGAAAGCUUCAUGA